CGCGCGCACCAGCGCCCCCAGCGGCGCCUGGCGGUGAGGCGGCGGGCCGGGAGUGCCGCGCCGUCCCUCCGCCGCGCCCCGUCCGCGCCCGCUGGCGCGGAGCUCCUGGCCCUCGCUGCCCUCCCGUCCCGUCCCGUCCCUUUUCUCCCGGGCCGGCCGGGUUCCCGCGCCCCUUCCACGCCUGGCGUGACGCGGUUCCUGCCCGCUCCGGGGCGCCCCGGGCCCCGCUGGCGGCGGCGGUGGCGGUUGAGAGCGUAACGGCGGGGCGCGCGCGAGGCUGGCGGGAGGCGCGCGCGCCGGCUCUCCCUCCCUUCCCCUCCCUCCCCCUCCCCGCCGCGGCCGCCUGAGGAGGAGCGGGGAGCCGCGGCGGCGGUUCGCUCGGACGAGAGUCACCCCGCAAGCGGGGCCGCUGGGAAGGGGCCGCCGGGUGCCGGCUACCUCGGCUUCUCCGGGCGCUGCCCGCGCCUGGGCUGAGAGUUUCCUUACCAUCUAAAGACCAAAUAUGGAUCCUGAAGCUGAGAUAAAGAAACAAGUAAAUCCUUUCUACUGCAAUAUUUGCAAAAUCUGGUGUGCUUCCGCAUUAAACUUGCAGACUCACUUCCUUGGAUUCAAACACAAGACGGUUGAAGAAGCACUGAAAGCCCAUGGCAUUGUUAAAACAGCAAGUGGCUCGGGGGAGCAAGUGAAAACACCUGCAAAACUUCCCCAUUAUGUGCAAACUGAGCUAGAGAGGUUUCAUGGACAGACCUUGGAAGAACAGCUUAAUACGUGUAAAGAUUCAGAACCUGCACUUGGACUUAAUUAUAUAAUUGAAUACCGAUCAAAAGACAAUUUCCCUUUUCUCUAUGAAUGUCAACUGUGCCACUGUAAAACAGGACUGAGUAACAUGUUCAUGCAUGUUUGUGGUUCCAAACAUAGACUGGCAUACCUGAAACAACAUUAUCCUGAGAUAGCAGAAUCUGAUGAAGUUAAGGGUAAAGGCUCUGAACUGAACAGAAAAGUUAGGCAAGUUGCAUUAACAAUUGAGAAGAAAGAAGGAAGAAAACAGAUAAAGGUUGUUACAGAUGCUCCAAUAACGAGGAAGAGAUGGCAAGAACAUCCUAAUGCAGAUGACAGCCCUUCAAAAGCUAAAGUUCAGCAUGUGGAUACGUCACUUAGUAAUGAAGAAAAAACAGACUGUAAAAACAAGGAUGGAAAAAUGCCAGACGCUACUCAAGAUGAAAACCAUGUUCGAGAGGAGCAGGAAAAAAGUCAAAAAGAACAGGCAAAACCAGAUGAGAAGGUUGAACCUAAUAAGGCUAUUGAACGCAGCAAAGGCAACAAGACUCAAGAAGGCAGCAAAGGCAACGACUCGGAAAAGUGUGAGACCAAUAAACAGUCACAGGAAGAAUACAAAGAAGUUGAGCAAGAAUUUACUGCAAAUCUUGAAGAAUUCACUAGUCAAGAAGAGCUGUUGGGUUAUUUGCAAAGUUUUGAAAUAUUGAAUGAAGAUGAUGCUUCAUUUAUCCUAAAAGUUACACAGACUCUUACAGAUGCACUGGUGGAAUAUCGUCAGCAGGCUGCAUCAAACAAAGACCUCUUAGAUACGGAAUAUAAUGGAGAAGCAGCAUUGGAAUAUUCCACAGAACAGUCUGACCUGACUUCAGCAGAUAUUAGUGACUCUGAUACUGACUAUUCAAGCAGUCGAUCAGCUAUGCAGUCCUUAUCAGUAAAUGAAGAUGGUGAACCCCAAACCUUUUCAACUGGCUCUUCAGAAACAGCAUAUGAGAACAACAUCACUACUGAAUUUUUGAACAGUGUAAGAAAUAUGAACGUUGAGGAAGUUACUGCUACUCUACACAAAAUAGCAGCAGCAAAUCCGGCUUUCAGAGGAAUUGAUAUUCCAAAUGUUAUAAGGAUCCUGACUGAAAGUGGAACUCUGAGAAGACCAAGCAAUGGCAUCACACAGUGACACAGUAGUUAGAGUUAAUAUAGCAAUGUUUACUUUCUAUCUGUGUGGAAUUCAGAAUUCUCACCCUGAUGGUUUCAUAUCUUCAUGUCGUGGAAUGCAAGAUGCCAUAAAAAUAAGGUAACAAAGAAAGCAGCAACAACAUUGGUUAGUUUUGUUCUGUGAACUGACACAGGAAUGAAAAUAGUUCACUGACAAUUAAAGAAAUUAAAACACAAAAUGCUGCUUUAAAGAAAUUGUGAAGAAUUUCUGGAAUGCCUCUAAAUAUGUUCUUGUCAGAAGCAGAGAUGGAACCAGAGCUGUUACAGCUCAUUUACCCUAUAAUAGGGAAAAUGUUAAUACCUGCUUAAUGAAAAUAAACUUGAUCAGUAGAAACGUCUUUUAGUUGCUAGGGAAUUCUGAAUUCUGUUCCUGUAAUACAGAAGAUAAAAAUAGAAACGUUUUUUUGUUUGUUUGUUUGUUUUCAAAGUGCAGAACAUUCUAUUAAUUAAAAUAAUAAAAUCAGAACGUUCAGCUGUUGUAUAUGGCCAUCUCUGGAACAGCUUCAUUUUCCUUUUACUGUGGAAUAAUUCCUAGUGGAAAUAAAGUUAAAAUUAAGUUGAAAUUA